CACUGAUUGGUAGCACUGAUAGGUGGCACUGAUUGGCAUUGAUAGGUGGCACUGACUGGCACUGAUGGGUGACACUGAAAGGCAGCUCAGAUGGGCACUGAUAUGUGGCAUUGAUGUUCACUGGUAGGCACUGAUGGGCACUGGCACGAGGCACUGAUGAGCACUGAUUGCUGGCACUGAUGGACACUGACAGGUCGCACUUCUGGGGCCACACUGAUCAUCAGGGCACACUGAUCAUCAGUGCCCUGAUGAUCACUGUCAGCGUGACAGCUCAAGAGGAGAGAAAUGCCGAUAACCGGCAUUUCCCUGUUUACAUGUGAUCAGCUGUGAUUGGA